CCCACUCACUCUGCGUUGCCGAUACAUGCACGCGCAUGUCAGCCGGGUCAACGGAAAGUUGACGUGGCAAACGAACAGUUACUUGCGUGAGAUGAAAAUAAAGAAGACAUUAGCUGUUUUAAGUCCAUGACAGAGAAAUGCACGGUGAAAGACAGUGGUCUUUAAUGUUACACGUAUAAUAUUGAUAUAAUACAUUUCGGACGCUAGAUGAUAAAAUAAGUAAAAUGGAUCACAAAAACCAGCUGAAGAAGUCCAAAUACAAAAACUGGGUGAAAGGCGGACUUGCACUGAAAUAUUUAAAGGAUGGCAUAGUAGGAUUUGUAGAUGAAAUUGUUAAACUUGAGCACACCAGAAUAAUUAAAGAAGUUAAACAAACGACUGUUUUAGUAUGUACUCACUGCAAUUUUAGAAAUUUGAAACCCCAACAUAAACAUUCUACAGACACCACAACAGGCAAGUAUUGUUGUCCCUGGGGACAAGUUAAUUGCAACUGUUUGGAUAAAAAGAAAAAGCCUUGUCCAAAUAAGGUAUGCGAUACCAUUUUUGAAGAAGUACUUAAGUGUCACAGUUCUACACCACCGGCUCCAAACUGGAAGAAUACAGAUAUACACAAAUGGUGUUCAAACCCUCUGGAGAUCGCAAAAUGCUACAUCAAAGCUCCAGGCUAUGCAGACAAAGUAACGAUCAACGACAUCGAUGUUCAAGGGCUGUUGCAAAUAUUGAUACACAGUAUUAAUCUUCAAUCACACUUUGAUUGCAAUAUAUCUGGCGAUGACAUUUUCAACAAGACUUUAAUCAGAAGAAACACAUUGUUCCAUUCGCCUUCGAUGGAAAUGGACGACAACGAACUUGACAAAUGCAUUGAUGAUAUCAUUGCUAUUCUUGAAGAUGAAAAAGAGCUCAAGCGAAGAUCGGAUUCAAAAGAAGCAGUCUCAAAUCUCAAACAGCUAAAGCAAAGGGACUUUCACAUCACAACAUGCAAUGAAGCAGACGUUUGCAAAGAGGCAAUGGCUGCCCAUGAUGAAAGAACCAGAGAGCUUGAUGAAAGGGCCAAUGAUAUCCAAACGAUGAUAAAUAACUCAAAACGUGACCUUGAAUCAAGACGAGCUGAUCUUUUGCAAGAGCAACAAGAACAAGGCAGUCAGGUCAAAAGUCUAGAUAUACGUAUGUCAAGUCUGGAAUUGCGUGUCGGAAAGAUAGAAACAGAAAUGUCAGAACUAAAGGAGAGGUUAGAAGGAGUAAAGAAAGAAGUUGACGUACUGAACACUUCUCGAGACUUCAAACACGACCAUUUAGAAUACUUAAAACAGAAGCAAGAUUUACAAGAGCGACUUGUGGAACGCUAUCAGAAUUAUUACGUUAAAACCUCGAUUUGUCCUCUGAAAAGCCAAGAGAACGAUAUAGAUAUCAAUGAGGUGUACACCCGUCCAGACAUGAGGUUAGAACGGAAUACGACAUAUAGCAAAACUAUUAAGAAAACGUCAAGAAUGAAAUGGCCAGAGACUAUGUACGGGUCGCACAUUGACCAAUAUGAAGAUAUAUUUGAGACAGACGGUCACAAGAAUAGAAGAAUUUAUAUAUUAGGCGAAGCUGGGUCAGGUAAGAGUUCCUUUUGCAAAAUGAUGAUUCAAAACUGGUGCAAAUGUUUAAAUGGCGAAACAAAGAAAACUGUCACUCAGACAUCCAUCAGCUCUUACGACUGCAGUGCUUAUGACAGGAAGUUUAUUAUUGAUAUUCCUUAUGAAUAUUUUGGUUACUCUGAUAGUUACUACGAUAGUUAUGAUUCUGAUGUCAUGGAUUCCGAUAAUUACUUAGAUUUGGAGGAUAAAAAACAGAUGAAGAAAUUUCAGUUCUUAUUCUUUAUACCUCUGCAUUGCAUGUCAGGUUUCAGUAAUGAUAUUCUCGACAUGAUUGCAUCUGUUUCAGAAGAUAUUGCUUCAAAACAACUUAUUGACAAAAUACUUCAAAUAGAAUCAGAAAAAUGCCUCAUCAUUGCCGAUGGCCUUGAUGAAUGGAGUCCGGCAGAAUUUAAUAAACCUGUGUUGCUGCAUGCUACACAAGGAAUCCCGAACCUAAGUAAGGUAAAAGACGCAACUGUUAUUCUUCUUUCACGGCCUUCAGCCAAAGGUAUCUUGAACAUGAAGUCUUCAGAAUCGGAUCUGAAAAUACAUUUGUUAGGUGUACGUUUGGAGGAUUUAAAUAUAUUCGUUGAAAAAUACAUGGCAAAGUUAGGUAAGAAGUAUUUACUCCACACUUUCCGAAAUAUGGUUGCUGAAACUAAAUUACAGAAUCUAGAGAAAACACCAAUGCUUCUGCAGCAAGUUCUCUGGAUGUACUGCUGUGAACAAAAAAUAGGUAACUCUACCAGUGAUGUCUAUAGCAGAAUUGUGAAUACUAUGCUAGCAUGGAAUGAUGGAAAGCAGAACGAGGAGGAACCGACUAUAAACAUCCGAGCAAAUGCUGAUGAUCAACAUGAAAACUGGCAGUUGCCCAGGCUUUUUAAUCGGUUUCCCAGAUGUAUAUCCAGUCAGUCAAUUAUUUGUCCUUUGAGUGAGGUAGCAUUUCAAACACUCCUUUCUUCUGCAAUCUUUAGUCGAUCGGACUUGAAAAAGAAAGGUCUUUCGAAUGAUGACAUUUCUACAGUUCUCAAAUUAGGACUUGUGCGUGAGGAAAAUUGUUUUGACCCAAGUUAUGAAAAAACACAAUUGUCUUUUACGCACAAAUCAUUUCACGAAUGUUUUGCUGCCCUUUGUAUCACUAGUCAUUGUCCGAAAAACCAACAAUCAAUUGAAAAUAAUCAGACGUCUAACAUAGACAAGCUGUUUAAAGGCACGAGGUCAGUUGAUGAUAUACUGCAGUUAGAAAACAUGCUAAUUUUAGUGUGUGGGUUUUCGCCAUAUAUAAUUACGCAGAUGUCUAAGCGCAUAUAUGAAGCUGUUUUGAAUGAUGAACAAAUAGUUGAAUAUAGAAAGAUGCCACCCCGUGAUAGAAUGGUUUUAGCACGCAAAGUAUUGCAGGUUCAGCGACUAAUUUCGAAGUGUGCUGCUGAGGCAGAACUGAAUGGUUUGCAAGAUUUAAGGACACUGAUGCUGUGUGAUAUACAACUAUGUGACUUCACUGAGACUAGCCUAUUGCAAAAAAUCAUUACAAAUAAAGUUUUAUCACUGAACAUGUUCGCAUAUGGACUGCAGAGGUGUGAAAUCGAGCGUAUAUCUGAAAUGAGACAGAUUCAGUCAUUAUAUAUAAGCCAAGAAGAUGACAAAUGUCUGCCCCAUGAAUGUUGCAAUAUUCUAGCAUCUUUUCUGUCGCAUGUUGUCACUUUAAGAAGCAUACAUCUACUAGGCGUCACUUGCCAGAUGAAGGAGUGCAAUGGUCAUAGUUUUGAUCUAUCAAAGAACCAAGAACUGGGGACUGUUUCCGUCCAGUGUUUGCAUAUGUGUGUCUCUGAUAUCAAUUCUAAUGCUCUCGAAUCGUUCACAGUUGAUUCAAUCGGGUUUCAUGAAGAUAAUUUUGCCCGUUCCUUUUCAAGUUCCUUGUCAAGUUCAUUAUCAGAUACUAGAUAUCUCAGAUAUCUUGACAUCAAAGGUAUGGACGCUGGUUGCAAUGAAAUCGAGCAUCGUAGCAUAGAUUUAUCUGGAAAUGAAGAAUUACAGGCCUUAAAAAUUACUGACUCUAAAUAUUUGAGCAUUUCCAAUGUGUAUUCUAUUACAUUGCAGUCAUGUGUGAUUGAAAAUUGUAUAUUGUCACACAAUCAGUGUGAACUAUUCUCAUCAGCACUGCAGAAAUCUAUAGGAUUAGAAAGGCUUGUUCUGAAUCACAUACGAUGUGAUAAGAAAUGUUGUGAAGGUCAUAUUAUCAGUAUGGUAAAUGCAAAGAAACUACAGUCACUUACAAUGUGCAACUGUGAGUAUCUGUGUGUUUCAAGCAUCUCUCAAAGUAAUCUGAAGUCAUGUAAGAUAAUGAAUUGCCUUUUCGCACACGAACAAUACGCAUUACUUUCAACUUUACUUUCUCAGUCAUCGGUUUUGAGACAACUCGAUCUGAGUGGAAUUCGGUGCAAAUCUCAGAUAUGUGAGGGUCAUUCUGUUGCUUUAUCCCAUUGUGAUCAACUGGACACACUUUUACUUGAUCAUGGUGAGCGUUUAUUUAUCACAAAUGUUUGUUUUGGGAAACUUAAAAAUUGUACAGUGGAAGAUUUUCUGUAUUUAUCAAGUAGUGAUAGCAAAAUUGCUUUAAGUCAACUGGAGCUGAAUGCUUGUAAAACUCCACAGAAUUUACUUGGCACAGAAAGUGCCAGCCAAAGAUCCAAUUACAGAAUUAUCUACCUCCAUGAGAACCAAGAGUUUUACAAUGAAUAUUCGUCUAGAAAGGAAACACAAAAUCUUGCCUAUUUACUUUUUGACCGUGUGUGUUCCGGACUAGUAGACCACUUUUGUCUCUUGUCGUGCACAAUCAAGGAUUGUCAUCUUUCUCAUAAUCUCUAUGACUCCUUACUGCUGAAGCUAGAAGAAGCAGCAAGUCUGCGGCAACUAGAAAUGCACAAUAUUAGAUGCGGGCAAAAUAUGUGUAAUGGUCAUAUUAUCAAACUAGCGAAGUUCACAGGUCUUGAAGCAUUUACUUUAACGAAAUGCAAGUCUUUAUCUGUUUCACACGUGUGUUCAGUGAAACUAUCAUCUUACGUAGUGAAAAAUUGCAUCUUUCCCGACAAGCCUAGGACACAGUUAUUGUCGUCAAAGUCCAAAGUUAUUUCUUCAAGUACACUUGAAAUUGAUGAUGCAGCAUUUGACAAAGCUAACAGUGAAGAACAACAAACAGAUCCAUCGAAGCAGUUGAAGCUUCGAAGGCUUGUGAUGAUGCGCUGUACUAAUCCACGCUUGCCAAAUAUAAACACUUCAGUUUUAACUAAAUGUUAUAUAAGUGGAUGUACCUUUUCCCAUGAGCAGUACACAGCGUUCACAUCAUCACUGCGAUUUGCAUUGCAAAUAGCCAGUUUCUGUUUCAGUGAUUUAAGAUGUAGCUCAAAUCAUCAGUGCCAUGGUCAUUCUAUCGAUCUUUCAAACAAAGCCCAUUUAAUGACACUCAAAAUUCAUAAUUGUGCUCAUCUGCGUAUCUUAAAUAUCUGCUCGAAGUCACUCUCAUUCUGUCAGAUCGACAACUAUACUAUGUCACAUGGGGAAUGUAAUUCUUUAUUGUCGUCUAUUGAACAGGCAGUAUCUUUAAGGUACCUUAAACUUUGCAAUACUCGAUUCGACAGAUGUGAAACUAAGGUGAAAGCCCUGAACUUGUCAAAACAUUUAAAGAAUAUCACUUUAAUGGCAUGCAACGAUCUAUUUUUUUCAAAUAUUCGUUUUAGAAGUGUAAGGUACUUGAUGAUUUGCAAUCAAGCUCUCAGCCAUCAGAAUUGUUUAACGUUGUCAUUAUUAUUUAAGCACGCAGUGUCAAUAAAGCGAUUAAAGAUCAGUCAUGUCCAAUGUAGGGAGAAUUUAUGUGAAGGCCACAUGAUCGAUACAACAGAAACCGGUCAAUUGAUAUCUAUCAAAAUUAUACGUUGUAGGCAUCUCUAUUUAUCCCAUUGCCCUUUACGCCUAGAAGCAUUUAGACUUGACGACUGUCGACUCCCGCACGAAACAUAUGAAUGUCUCGCAGUAUCUUUGACGCAAUCAAAGUCUUUAAAAAGGCUUGAGUUGAAUAACAUCAAUUGUAUGAUGGCAACAUGUGAUGGACAUAUUUCAGAUUUGUCAGAACUGAAAGAACUCCACAUCAUAGACUUAUUGAAUUGUAAACAGCUAUCAGUCUUAAAUAUCUGCUCCAGUACAAUACAGUCAUGUCGGAUCAGCAACUAUUUGACUUCCCAUGCGCAAUUUAGAAUUUUAUUGUCAUCUUUAGAAGAAGCAACUUUGUUAGAACAGCUAGAACUUACAAAUGUCCAGUGUGACAAAAAUGAAUGUGACGGACAUGACAUUGACCUCUCCAAGCACGCCAAACUUCAAAGUAUUUCGUUUGUUCGGUGUAAGCAUAUGUGUGCGUCCAGCAUCGAUGGCAGUAUGUUAGGAUCUGUUACGGUUCGUGGAUGCGCACUUUCUCAUGAAGAAUGUACCCUUUUAACAACAACUGUAACACAAACGAAAGGUUUGAAACAGCUAGAAUUGGAGAAUAUCAGUUGUAGCCAAGAUAGGUGCGAAGGUCACACAGUCAAUUUAACUGAACAUACAAAACUCCAGACCUUAUCAUUUCAAAGCUGUGGUCAGUUGUUUCUCUUGGGCAUAAACUGCUCUGGACUUAUAAGCGUUUCAGCCGAUAUAUGCUUCUGUGAGCAAAACCAUUUUCUGAAGGAUCUAUCGUCACUUUCUGAAGCAAUACAUUUAAGACAGCUUCGGCUAAACGGUGCACGAUGUAGUAGUCAGACGAAAAUAGAUCAAGCGCCUUUGGAUUUAGCACAUUGCAGGUCUCUUCAGAGCGUGGAUAUGGUAGCUUGUGAAUGCAUACCGAUAUUAAAUGUGGCAAAACUCGAGAUGUGCUCGUUCACAAACUGUGUCUUGCAACACGACCAAUAUUCAUUGUUAUGUUCAUCAUUACGACAAGCAAAACACUUAAGACAAAUAAAAUUUCGCAAUAUAAAAUGUAUCCAGUCUGACUGUAGUGGUCAUAGUAUUGACCUUACCAGUCUUCCCCAACUUCUCAGUCUAACUUUGGUUGGUUGUUGGGAUCUUCAUGCUCCUGGUUUUGAUUUUAGCGUGUUAGAAUCGUGUGUAGUCCGUGACUGCGAAUUAACGCACAAACAGUUUCAGUUACUGGUAUCGUUCCUCACAGGAGCUGUGUCUUUACAGCGGCUUACUUUGAGCAAUGUCAGAUGUACAGAAGAUAUGUGUGGAGGUCAUACAUUAGACCUGUCGAAACACACAAAUUUAAAGAAUCUUGCACUGGUGGCUUGUAAGCAUUUUUCUGUGUCAGGGGUAAAUUCAACAGUCCUAGAAUCGUGUACUAUUCAAGACUUGGAUAUUUUGCACCAAACGUUUUCAAAACUGUUAGCAAAUCUGACAGACUCAGCUUUCUUAAAGCAUCUCAAACUAUGCAGCGUUAAAUGUUUGUCUGAUAAUGAGUGCACGGGUCACACAGUAAGCUUUUCUAAACUUGUAGUAAUGCAGAGCCUUGUCGUAAUGUCUUGCAAACACUUAUGUGUUACAAAUAUCACUUCAAAAGUAUUGGAAGUGUUUACGCUCAGUGACAGUGUAAUUUUACAUGAGCUAGGAUGUCAACUUAAUGCAUUUUUGGCAACAGCCUUUUCUCUAAAACGCCUUAAAUUAUGCAAUAUUAAAUGCAAUCUGGAAGGAUGUGAUGGUCACGCCGUCGAUUUGUCUCGGCUCAGACUACUCGAGUAUUCGGUGCUUGAAAAUUGCGAACAGGUGUAUAAAGCAAGCACAGGUUAAUUCAAGCGGAAUAUGUCCUUUUUAUUGAAAUUGGUUCAAACAUGCAACUAAAGAUAUGUUAAAUUUUCUCCUAAAGGCAGAAACUAAUUGAAAAGAAUGAACAACUAAAACCAGUAUCUUUUACUGAAAAACUUGACAUGCAAUGUAUAAAAUGCAGACACAUUUUGUUCACAUAUAUCUUGUAUUCAUUACUAUUUUGUUUUAAUGUGACGUUUGAAAUGUUGAGUAAAUCUACAUUUUACUUUUAUCGGCCUACUUGUUUCCAACUGUGCCAGCAUUGAAAAUUUGACAUACACAUAUUUAUGUAAAGAAAUCAUUUCGUCCAUUAGUACGUUAAAGCUGUGUGUUUGUAAAAGUUCUAACAUAAACAUUCCGUGAUAACCAAAUGCCAUGUCUUUCCAUAUGAUUGUAUGUUUGGGGAUAUCAGUGCAUACAACUGACUGUUUAUAUGGAUAGUUUAUAUAUUAAAUGUCAUAGCAAUAUUCAAAUGUAAACGUAAAUAUAUAGUACAAAUAUCUAUACUUAGAUGUUAGGCUUGAAACCUUUCAAAUCUUUGCCACCAACGUACUGCCUACUUUUUGCUUUUAUUCAGGAAUGUAUAGACAUAUUAAAACAUAAAUGAAAGGAAAUUUAUAUAACCUGAAUGAGUGUAAGAUAUCCUGAUAAGCUUUUAUACAUUUUACUAGAAUAAAUAACUGUACAAUUUCAAGAGGACAACAGAUCUCUUUAUACAUACAUUCCGAGUACAAAAAAUUGUUAAAAUACAAAUACCAGUUUAUAAUUAUCAGCUUAAGAAAUAGUAUUAUUUUCCAGAUCUGAAUUACUCGAAAUGUAAAGGGUGUAAAGAAAGUCCGUUCCGUUUACGCAAAUGACCAUCAUAUUAUUUUACUGAGAUGUUAUAGAAAACAGGAAAUGUUCAUUUCAUUCACUGAAAGACUGCCAAUGACAAUUAUUGGAUAGAUUGAAGUGAAUGUAUGACAUUCGGUGAAAAUAUUCAUUUACUUACAUCUAUUGUUGAAAAUGGCAUUUUCACUAUUAUUUGAGGGAGUAGGCUACUUCCAUAAUUAGCAGUAUAUAGAUGUUGCAGUAUAUUUGUUUUGUUUUAGAUUACAGUAGUUGAUUUUGUAUUGUAAAAAUAAUAAUGCAGAUAUGACAUAAAAUUAUAAUUCGCGCAUAUAAACUGGUACUAGUAACUGAUUGAACAUUUGAGAUGAUCGAUCAUUGUAUACAUAUUUAGAAUUAAAUGAAAACAAAUCUGUAAUUGUUAAUCCUAGAUUGUGAACAAGUACAUAGUAUUCACACUAUAUAUUGAUAGUUAAAAAGACUUAAUUGUUUUUAUUAGCAUUAGACCACAUUGUAAGAUAAGAUAAGAUAAUUUUUUAUUAUAGUGACAUGUGUAUAGUAUUGAUAUAUACAUAUAAAACAAUAUAAAUUGUAAACACCCGGCCCAACGGGCCUAUAUGUCACCUAUAAGAACUAUUUAACAAUAUUUCACGGAUACACACACUAAAAGAACAAAUAAUGAACAUGGACAUUUCAAAUUUAAAGUGAUCAAAUAAUUGUUAGUGACCUAUUGUACGUCAUUUAUAUAUAUAUUUGAUAUAAUAAUGUAGAGAUGUCAGUCAAAGAAAGCAUAGUAUAAAUGUUGUUGUCUGUAUGUCUUUACAAAGUCAUAUGAUUUACACAAAAAUGUAUAAGUAUUUAGAUCUAGUAACAUGAUUUCAUGCUAUAUCAUCUUCUUAAUAUAUAAGAAGUAAUAAACAUGGGAACAUAACAAUAAUAUGUAAAUGCAUUUCAUAAUUUUGUUAUCUGAAGUGUUUCAAAACAAGUGCGUUCUACUAAUAUUACAGAAUAAGCCUUUUGUAUAAAUCAUGCUACUUAUAUAGCACGCUUUUUCUUAUCAUGAAAGCUCUAACAACAAGCUUAGCGCUUUUCUUUGGGUAGUUGUUUAUCAAAUAUUUGAACUUAUCAUCAUGGUUAAUAUAUUCUACACUGGUUAUAAUGUCUCUAAACAAAACGCUCCUGGUAGCAUCAUAUAACGGACAUACUAAAAAGAAGUGUCUCUCAUCUUCGACUUCACCACUAUUACAUAUAACACAUAGUCUUUCAUUUGCGGGUUCUCCGACAUAUCGGCCAGUCUCUACUCUUAGUGGAAGAAUUCCUUAGUGGAAGAAUUCCACACCUGAAUUGAGCACACAUGGAUCUCUCGUGUCUUUUUAAGUCUAAUGACAGAUAAUUUUCACAUCUAAAUUCAGUUUUAAAAGUUAUAUAUGUUCUUAAUUUCGACACGUUUUCGCAAUCUUGUGCCCAAAUGGAGGAAAAGUACUCGUUCAUUUUAUCACGUGCUAUAUUUAUAUUUACCGCUGUCUGAUUAUUAUAAUGAGACAUUAAAUUGACAUUGGAUAAUAUCGUUUUUAUUUCAGAACACCAAGUAUUUGUAUUGAAUGAUCUAUAAUCCGCCAUGAAUACACGCUUGAAUUGUCAAGUUUAACUAAACGAUUCCAGUACUGUAUCAUUAUUAGCCACUGUCUGUACCUGCUUGGUAGCCACCCAGUCUCACCAAUAAGUGCUAAAGUUGGUGUAAAACUGUGAACACCCAGAAAGUAACGCAUUGCACGAUAAUGAAUAGUGUCGGCUGAUUGGUAUUGUUUAAAUCUCGAAACUGAGGAACAGUAGUCUGAAACUGAUGUUACACAUGAGAAGUAGAGUUUCUGAUAAGUAUUAAAACCACACUGUUUCAGAUUAUGGAUUUUUGAUAUCAUGCCCCCAAGAGCUCGACCAGCACUUUUUGACAGCAGCUCACAGUUAUAUCUAAAAUCUUGCUUUUCGUGCAUCAAUACACCUAAGUAUUUAUACCUGUCGACUAUUUCUAAGGUGUAAAUCCCUAAAGUAAAUUCGAAAUCACAUCUAGCGGAGCGGCCUUUUCUGAAAUGUACAACUUUUGAUUUAUCAGUGUUCACAAGGACACGCCAUCUUUUGCACCAAGAAUGCAUUUUAGUUAACAUCCGUUGUAGAUCUUGUUCUGAUUUUGCAAUAAGAACGAUAUCGUCUGCAUAUAGAAGCAUGGAUACCGAUGUAUUACCAACAUUUUUUCUUUCACAAGGUCAUUCACGAAAAUUGAGAAUAUUGUCGGGGACAAGUUAUCUCCCUGUUUUACGCCCGUUUUACACUGGAACCACUCAGUAAGCCCGCCCGCUUUGCUCAGUAGGUACAGCGUCGGUCUACAGAUCGCGGGGUCGUGAGUUCGAUCCUCGGGCGGGGAUUAUCAUUAGUCCUCCACCUCUGAUUCAUGUGGGGAAGUUGGCAGUUACUUGCGGAGAACAGGUUUGUACUGGUACAGAAUCCAGGAACACUGGUUAGGCUAACUGCCCGUCGUUAGAGGACUGAAAUACUGUUGAAAAACGGCGUUAAACCCAAAACAAACAAACAAAAACCACUCAGUAAGUUUUCAAUUUAUCCUUAUACAAGAUAUAGAUUUGCUGUAGCUGGUUUUAAUAGACUGGUAUACUUUUCCAUCAAUUUCAUUUAGGAGAUGUUUGUAGAGCAUCAUAUCUCUGUCGAUGAAAUCGAAACAUUUACGUAGAUCAAUAAGGCUGUAAAUACAGAGUUAUUGUUCCUGAUUAUACUGUCAAGCGUGAAAACAUGGUCCUCACAGGAUCUGUCUGACCGGAAGCCAUUAUGUUCAUCGGCUAAAAGCUCAUUGUCGUUCAAAUACUUUGUAAUUCUUUUAUUAAGAAAUGAACUAUACAGUUUGCUUCAGCACGAUAAUGAAGGGAUAAUUCCAGUAUCGAAGACCAACUGAAAUAACUGUUAAAGGGCACUUAUAACUAUUGGGAAUUUCAGAACAGCACAAGGUAUCGCGUCUAUUCCUCAGGCAGAUUUUGAUUUUGCACUCAUAACAAUAGUUGAUAUCUCACUGAGCGUAAUAUUUUAGUUUAACUGAACAUUCGCUGUAUACAAAGGGUCUAACAAGUUUAAUUCCAGUAACUGUUUAUGUGUUUUGCUUCGAUCGAAAAAUUCCUCAUCGAAGUUACUGUUUUCCUCGUGAUUAUACAACUUUUCAAAGUCAUUUUUCCACCGCUAAAAAACCAAUGUUUCGUCUGAUACAGUAUGUCCGUGUUCAUUUACGAUCUGUAUAGGUAUUGAUUUAUUUUGCCGUUGGCCCAGCCGUCGUAUCUUGUCCCAGAAGUCUCGCGGAUUAGUAGAAGACAUAUCCUCAAUCUCCAUUUCCACUCCUGUUCUGUACUGACGUUCCGUCGUGUGUAAUGUUUUAUCAAACAAGUUUCUAGUGGUAAUGUAUUGCUCACGCAAUGUAGUUUUUAUGUGUCUAUUGCCUUUGCACCGUAAAAAUGAAUUCUCUUUUGCUCUCAUAUCAUUCCACAGGUUAGCCAGGUUUUCCUCCCAGUAGGGUUUCCUGUGUUUGUAUUUCUUUCUUGUUCUCGUCGAAGAAUUAUAUUUUGGUAUAUAAUUAUUCAUUUCUGUGAUAAUACAAUCGCACAGCUUUUCAUUAAUAGUAUCGAUGUCUAACUGUGUUUCCCUAUUUAUUUCUAUACUUGAGAUAUUUGUAAGAGCUAUUCUCUUUAAUUCACUGCUCAUGAAGUCUUGCGGUAUUCUAUUCAAAUUGUAUCUAGGUGAUUUAAUCUCUUGAUCGCUGUUGCCGCUACAAUGGUUUUCUUGGGCGUACCUUGUCAAUUUAAGAUCUAAUCAGGCCUUGAUCUUAUCCCUAGUAAUCCGUCUAGGUCAUUAUCAGAUAUUAUAAUAGACUGUAUAGUCUGUACCUUGAAAGUAGUACAACGCUGAAAUAUAUCGUGGGGGACGCAUAUGUAACCGACUACGGAAGUACCUUUACGUGAAACGGAAGUAAAAUUGUCGUCUGUAGCGUUAAAUCUUCCAUUAAGCACACAGAACUUUGCAUCACUAAAAUAUUCUACAAAUGUGUGGCCAUGUUGGUUUACAGAUUUGUCCAAUACUUGUCUUUCUGGUAUAGAAUCAAUUUCACUGACAAAAUCCGACAAAGAAUCAAUUCCUGAAUUAAAAUCACCAGUCACGAAUAUUGCGUCACUAUCGCUGUUUAAGUAAAUUUGGGAUAACAAAUGCGCAAAGAAUCCUUGUGCGUCGAGUAGAAUUUUCUGGUGGUAAAUAACAUGACGCGACUACAAUGUUAUAUUCACUCGACUUAUCGACAAAGUUUAAUAUUAAUAUUCCAUCGUAUGAUUUGUCUGAUAUGCUUAUUUCAUACUCUGAUGAAAGCCACUUUUUAACUAGUAAUCCGACACCGCCAGCUCCGUUUGGUGCAUUUCUAUGAAUGUCUACUCGAUUAAAUCCAAACCAAGUGUAACCUUCAACACCCAAGUUUUGCUGAUCUCUUAAAUGUGUUUCACUAAGAGAAAGAAUAUCCGAAUCAAUGCAUUGAAUAAUUUUCGACCUAAGUUCACUGUUGUCCCUAGUCCAUCCACAGACGUUCAAAUGGGCUAUUCUUAGAUACCCAUUUGGACCGGAUGUUUCCUAUUCCAUGUUGUUGUGCUGGUUCCCAGCAGUGUGUUCUUGUUGCCUCUCACGCUGAAUUAUACGUCCAUUUGCAUUUACUCUGUAUGAGCAUCUUUGUGGCAAUUCUCUCAGUACUGCACGUGCAUUUAGUUCUAUUAGCCUUUCAGUAUGUGACUUACAACUUUUAAGUUACACAUUUUUAUAGUCGACAGUAUUUUUCAAAUUCAGUGCAUUCCUGAGCACUAGAAUCUUUUCUUCAACAUUUUGGAAGCUGAUUUUUACCAAUGGUGGUCUAUUCUCAAAUCUUGUAGGUAGUCUACAGGCCCCUGUGACCAGUACAUUGUGCGAUACGUCUUCUCCAAAUGCAGCAAUUAAAUUAUUGGCAAUGGUAAUAAGGUCCUCUCCAUCAUUGGCUGGUAUCCCGCUUGCGGUUAUCGUUAAGUCUGUAUCGUUUAAGGGAUUACUAUGACGCCUACCAUGUAUAGGACCACGUGAAUGACCGACAUCAUGCCCUUGAUUACCGUUAUGAUUAUCGCCCGGAGCAUUCGAGCUUGCCUGCUCUAAACUGCAUUGACUGAAUUGUUGUCACUACGUUGUCUAAGCGAUUGCUCUGUUGGUUAAUAUCCAUUGACAACCCGUCACGUAAGGCCCUGACUUUCACAUCAAUCGUUUCUUUCAUUUCGAGUCGAAGUCUGUCCAAUUUUGAAUCUAUCAUUCGCCCGAGACCUUCGCGAUCUUUCUGUAUUUGCAUUACUGUUCCAAGAAUAAAAUCUAACUUUUGGCUAUUUGUCGAUAUUGCGGGUCGAUGUGCAUACGUUUGUAGAAUAUCGUGUAGGCUAAAAAUGUAUGUAUUUUAUGUGAAUCAAUUUAUUUAUAACAAGAUGUAUACAUAAUGUGUUUAAAGUACAUAAAUGUUGCUUGUAAAGCAGUACUAAUUCUAGUGUGAAAAUUAGUUUGGCUUAAAUUAAGGGGAUGGUAGUAUUUAGUGUAGUUAAUUAAGAUAUACUAUUUAAAUACUUUUCAAUAAUCAAAUAAGUGACUCAACUCUUUGCUUUGGAUUGCUUAAAUUUCUGUCACGUGACGAUACAAUAGAAAUUAGUACAUAUUGUACUGUGUAAUUUAAAUGUAUUCGCGGUAUUUUAAGCAUGCAUAACUAUGUCCGAAACCUACAGUCUAGAAAGGUCAUAAUAUUCCCGUAUUGGACUAGAGUAUAAAUUAUCCAUAUUUUUUCAUAUUGGACAGGACAAAUCUUCUUUAAUGCAAGGAGUUGAUAGGGAAUACUUCCCUUGUAUAAUGCAUUUCAUCUGUAGAUACCAGUAAAAUUAAAAAUAAACACUGGGAUAACUUUCUUAUUUCUGACCGAAACAUAUAAGUGUGACGAGUCAGUUCCUAAGUUAGAACAUUUCUUUUCCGAUGAUUAUGGUUUCGGUUAAAUCAUUGAUGAAGAAUUGUUUUUAUGUUUGGCGCUGCAGUAAAGGCAUGAUAUUAAAACUUACAUAUUAUGAGAGAAGAAUAUCAAUUUCUAAUGUGUGUUGUAUUUGGAAAUGAUUCCAGUCAUUAUCUAGAAAUGUGUGAAUAUUUGUCAUUGUUUAUUAUUAUUAUGGUAUGAAAUAAAGAGGUUAUUUAACAGUGUUGAGUACAAUACUGGAUUCAGUUGGACUCGUACACAGUAGUAAUAACCCAUAUUUGGACUCUGCAUUCGCCUCGUCCAAAUAUUAGUUGUUACUGCUUUGUACACGUCCAGUAAUAGUCAGUUUUGUACUUAACACUGUUAAAUAACCCCAUAAUAUUUAAUAAUUUUAAACAAUAUAGAUUUGGACUCACUAUGUUGUGUAAUAUCUAUGACAUGCUAAAUAUUCAGAUUAUAGGUUACAAAAAAGGAAAAAAACAAAUAAGAAAGAAAAAAGUACUUUCAAACUCUAUAAGAAGUUUUUGGUAAUUAAUUCUGCUUAUUAGCUGUUUUUCCUCUUUCUUUAAAGUAGCUUUUAAUACUUUUUAACAAAAGUUAAUUAGGUUUUAAAUGUGUUGUAAUUAUUGAAAACUGUGAUAAUAUUACAUUGUGUCUUUAAUCAUCUCUUAUAACUCUACCAAAGAGUGACAAGGUACAUGUAUAUAGAAAUUUAUGAUGUUUUAAUAUUGAUUUGUAUACUUUGAUUAGACUUUAAUAUACAAUAAAAUCGUUUGUAACAGUUUAUUUGUUAACAUCGACUGUAUUUUUUGUUGUGUUUAUCUGCGUGUGUAUCAGUAUUGUUUAUCUUUCGCAAAUAUUUAGGUACUCAUUAAUCUCCGCCAAUUUAUUCGGGAGUUAUCGUAACGUUAUGCAAUAAUUUUUUCGGAGAAAAAAAAAUGAUUUACUAAUUAAAAAGAUCAGUAAAGACUGUCUAUGGCACGGUAGCAUUGUAGUUACAUCUGCUGAAUAGUAACGCCCGUCAAAAUUCGUGCUGAACGUUGCAAUGUUCCAAGUAAAUUGCUAUGAAUAUGGCUAUGACUGCGAUAUUGUAAGACUUGAGACUCAAACUCCCGACCUCAAGAUUGAAAGCUACAUGCCUGAUCCACAAAGCUAUUUGUUGUCCAGCUGGGAACUGAUUUCAGGAACGUGUCGUAUUGUUUUGUCAAUUUAAAAGCGUUAUCAUUACAUUAUCAAUUUUGGGUAUUUUUUAACGAAUUGCAAUACAGAGUGGAAACAUUUUUGACAGUUACAUGUACAAAACUUUGACUUUUAAAAGCAGCUAUUAUGUAUCAGGCAGAUAAUUUUAAUUGUUUUUAUUACCCCAUCUCCAACAUACUUACCCUAUGUCCUUGAAAAGUUAGUUAACCCAGUAAAGUAUGUAUACAUAUAUCGUUUCACAUGUAUGGCAUUUGUCUGAGAAAAAAGCGUGUCCUACUAGAGAUUUUCAACUUACUUCGACGCGGACUGCGUACUUACAGUAGGGGUUUUCUCAAAAUAUUUAAAGGUUCGCAAAAAAGAAAACAUACUUAGGGUAUAUAUGUUUCUUUUACCUAUACGUGUAGUAACUUUUGCCUUCAUUGUACAAAGUUGUGUAUUGUGAUAUAAUUAUCUGUUAUAAUACAAUACAUACGUUUGAAAAUAUAUGGAUAGUGAACAGGCUACAUUUAAAACACGUAGUCGCAAUUUUCAGAUGUCAUCUAAAUACUCUGUCGCACUUUACUUGCGUUAAGCAGGUUCUUCAAUUAUCCGUAUGCUUUAACAUUUUGUUUUUAUAUUUAGAGACAUUUCUGGCGUUACUUAACCUCCCCGCGAAUCGAACGACAUGACAUGUGAAGUUUCGAACCCACUGUUCUACGAUAAUACUUUACCUUAAUAUGUUCAUGCAUUAAAAAUACAACUUGAAACAUGGAUUUGAAGAUAACGGCGAUUCCUGGUUUUAAUAUGUGUCCGUCAAUACAAUUCCUAGACUAGCUUUUCCUAGCAAAAAAUAAGAAAAAAAAAAACGCAGUACAAAAUAUUAUUGUGAAAAAAAUAAUAAAACAUUCUGACUGAAAAGAAAGUCCGUUUAAUUUUUGUUGCAUAGUAUAAAUACCGUGUUCUCGUAGACUUCUGUACGAAAAAGGUCAUUGUUUUUCAUUAAUUUUGAUAACUGUAUUUAAUGUUCGAUAAAAUAGAAGUUUUACUGAAAUAUCUUGAAUGAUUUAGUUCAACACUUUGUAUAAACAUACAGGAAGUUCUCAUACAUGUAUCUUUCAACCCGUCGAAACGAGAUCCGAUACAUUACGGUUACCACAUUUUAACUAAAUCAUCCUGAAUUAGUUAUAUAUCAGCAUGUCUGGAAAUAAAAAAAAAGGAAAUAGCCACUUCGAAUUUUCAUAAUGAUUAAAUCUGAUAUCAGAAUUGCAUGUUAAAGGGUAAGUUUUAAAUUUACUGUCUUAAAGUGACUAAUCAGUAUGGAUUAUCAGUCUCAACCGGAAUUAUGUCUCCCCCAGGAGACAUAUUGUUUUUGCCCUGUCCGUCCGUCCGUCCUUCCGUCCGUCCGUCCGUCCGUACGUCACACUUCAUUUCCGAGCAAUAACUGGAGAACCAUUUGACCUAGAACCUUCAAACUUCAUAGAGUUGUAGGGCUGCUGGAGUAGACGACCCCUAUUGUUUUUGGGGUCACUCCAUCAAAGGUCAAGGUCACAGGGGCCUGAACAUUGAAAACCAUUUCCGAUCAAUAACUAGAGAACCACUUGACCCAGAAUGUUGAAACUUCAUAGGAUGAUUGGUCAUGAAGAGUAAAUGACCCCUAUUGAUUUUGGGGUCACUCCGUCAAAGGUCAAGGUCACAGGGGCCUGAACAUUGAAAACCAUUUCCGAUCAAUAACUAAAGAACCACUUGACCCAGAAUGUUGAAACUUCAUAGGAUGAUUGGACAUGAAGAGUAGAUGACCCCUAUUGAUUUUGGGGUCACUCCGUCAAAGGUCAAGGUCACAGGGGCCCGAACAUUGAAAACCAUUUCCAAUCAAUAACUAGAGAACCACCUGACCCAGAAUGUUGAAACUUCAUAGGAUGAUUGGUCAUAAAGAGUAGACGACCCCUAUUGUUUUUGGGGUCACUCCGUCAAAGGUCAAGGUCACAGGGGCCUGAACAUUGAAAACCAUUUCUGAUCAAUAACUAGAGAACCACUUGACCCAGAAUGUUGAAACUUCAUAGGAUGAUUGUACAUGCAAAGUAGAUGACCCCUAUCGAUUUUGAAGUCACUCCAUUAAAGGUCAAGGUCACAGGGGCCUGAACAUUGAAAACCAUUUCCGGUCAGUAACUUGAGAACCACUUGACCCAGAAUGUUGAAACUUAAUAGGAUGAUUGAUCAUAAAGAGUAGAUGACCCCUAACGAUUUUGGGGUCACUCUGUGAAAGGUCAAGGUCACAGGGGCCCGAACAUUGAAAACCAUUUCCGGUCAGUAACUUGAGAACCACUUGACCCAGAAUGAUGAAACUUCGUAGGAUUAUUGGUCAUGCAGAGUAGAUGAACCCUAACGAUUUUAGGGUCACUCUGUUAAAGGUCAAGGCCACAGGGGCCUGAACAUGGAAAACCAUUUCCAAUCAAUAACUUGAGAACCUCUCGACCCAAAAUGUUGAAACUUCAUAGGAUGAUUGUUCAUGCAGAGUAAAUGACCCUUAUUGUUUUUGGGGUCACUCCGUUAAAGGUCAAGGUCACAGGGGCCUGAACAUUGAUAACCAGUUCCGAUCAAUAACUUGAGAACCACUUGACCCAGAAUGUUGAAACUUCAUAGGAUGAUUGAACAUGCAGAGUAGAUGACCCCUAUUGAUUUUGGAGUCAGUCUAAUAAAGGUCUGGACAGUGGCCUGUUCAUGUAAAAUCAUUUUUUGGAAAUAACUUGAGAACCACUUGACCUACAAUGUUGAAACUUAAUAGGAUGAUUGGACAUGCAGAGUAGAUGACCCCUAUUUAUUUUGAGGUCACAGGUCAAGGUCACAGGAGCCUGAACAGUGACUUGAGAACCACUAGGCCACUAGCGUUGAAAUUUAGCGGGAUGACUGGACAUGCCAAGUAGAUGAUCCCUAUUGCAGCCAACCAUCAGUGUCUCUUUGACUUUCGCUCCUGACCCCUGUUGACUUCGUGCCUACAGGACUUUGCAUUGGGGGAGACAUGAGUUUUUUUACAAAAGCAUUUUCUAGUUUAAUCUUUAAGUACAUUAAAACGCCUGUCAAAAUGUCAGUCUAAAACCCAGCGGAGACCAAAAAUUGUUUUGUGAACAGUAGGCAUGGGACGCGUCCAAGGUCAAAUUCCGAUCAUCAUGCAUACAUAUGGUAUGUGUAGAUAUUCGGCUUUGGAGAACUUGGACAAAGAUUUAAUCUCAGGAAACUCGCGGUAUAUAUUGGUUUAAAAAUUUAUAAUGUAGCCAUCUUUUAUAUCCUGAUAACGUGACCGGGAAAACUGAAUGAAUUCAGUACCGUAUAAAAAUUAAUUUGUAGGGUUUGAAAUAGUUCAGAAUAUACAUGUAUAAUACCAAGUAAGACAUUUUUUACCGCGGUGCAUUAAAUUGUCACACAUCGUAUCGUGCAUAUUCAAAAUUGUGCGUCGUACAGUAGCAUUUCAGCGACCCGGGUGCAAUAGUACGAAACUAUGUUUCCAAAAUCACUAUAUACAUUCUUUGAUACCAACUAUCUGGGAAGAAAAUAGUAAUAUCAUUGCUUCAGCAAAUAUUCAACUAACUUGUAACAUAUGUUGUUUUGAUUACCUGAUUAAAAAUAGGCGAACCUCUUGCGGCACAGGGGAAGAGUGUCUGUCUCCUUACCAGGUGGUCAUUGUUUCAAAUCUUUGAUCAUUGAAUUAAAAGCCGUUUUCACUGCUAGCGAUUACUGGCUAGAACCUCGCGAAAUUGGUUUAAACAUAUUUUAUUUAUAAGUCAUUACAUGAAUAAUAUACAACAAAGGAAAUAAGGGAAUUAGACCUCGCGAAAUUGACUACAAGCGUAUAAAUAAGUUGGUACACUUCAGAUAAAAAAGAAUAAGUUUGCGGAUGUCUUGUUUAUAAAUAUGGUAGUCGAAAGUUUUGUAUAGAUACAUUAAUAAAAAAGGGUAUAAAAGGUAAAAGGAUAUUUUUUUAAAAAUGCGCCCACGCUGUUAAGAAUGCUUGUAAGACAAAAUGUAUGUAUAGCGGUAAUUCAUAUAUACAAUACAACGGAUAUUAAUAAAUCUUAUAACUGUCUUUUAUCGGAUACGUUAAAUGGAAACAGUAUUACGGCAUUAGAACCGGAUGCUAAAUAUGCCAAUGUUCCGUUAUGCAUAAAAAGCUUAUAUACAGUUUGAGAAAACCCCUAUAGUAAGUUCGCAGUCCGUGGUCCGCAGUACGCGUCGAAGUAAGCUGAAAAUCUCUACUAGAAGAGACUCUAUAUGAACUAUUUACUGAUCUAAUGAAUUAAGUUAUUGCUGCGUUCCAUUACUUCGAAACUCAAUUUCAUUAGAUUGUCAAUAAAUGAUCUAUAACUUUGAGGUAAUAUCCAAUGCGCAAUAAUCAACCUUAAGAUAAUUUCACGAUCAUAGACCUUUCUUAACCGGAUCUUUUGUUUUGUUUAGUUGUUGUUUUUUGCCAUUUUUAUAAACGGAAUACUAGUAACUUCGGCUUUUCCGAGAAAACAGCAGAGUAAAUCAGAGGAAACUAUUUUCUUAAGAACUAAUUAACUCAAACAUUUUUGUCGUAUUUCUUUAUGUUUUAUUUUAUCGAAAUGUAAACAUUUGUAUUUUUUGUUAUAAAAGCUUAAAAAAAUGAACGUGAGCGCUAAUGAUGAAAAGUUUUCAUAUCACAAGUCUUAGACCUAUUCUCUUCAGAGGAGGAGCAAAUUGAAUAGACCAGUAUAGACUGGCUACCAAAAUGCGGUUUGUUUGUUUUGAACAGAAUUCUUCUGACAAAAUUUACAUUGUAAUUAAGUAUAUUUGCUACACGUACUUUUUGACAGCCAAAUUAUUCUUUAGGUUUUGUAGUUAUACUAUAUAGACGUUUUGUUCAUGUAACAUUUUAAUCUGUAAAAUCUGUUGUUAUUUUAUAUAUUUUUUGUUCUUAAAACUAUUUUUAUACUGUAUUAAUUGACUGAAAUAAUUAUAUGUCAUUCAUUUAAUAUAUUAUUUUUACUCAGGGCGGUGAACUAUAUAAGUUCUCGUUUGUUCUACUGCCUUCCUUACUUGUGUAAUAUGCUGAUGUGCUGUAGUUCUAUGUAUACAUAUGUUUAAUUCUAUCUGUGAAGUAUCAUUGGUAUUAUAAAAAUGCAUGCCAACAUGGUGAUGAAUGUACAUUAUAUUAAUGAGAAACAGUCAGUUCUAUUGCAUUAUCAUCGCUACUAUCAUGUCUAAUAGAUGGUUUUUACAUAUAAAACUACUGUUACAGUAUUAUUUGCAUAUAAUUUGAAUACGUUUCAAAAUUGUGUGAAAGGUAUAGUAGUAAUAUCAUAUACUCUAUAUGUUCUUUCAAUUCAGAAAUUGAAAGUUCUUUUAUAUCGAAAAAUGUUUGUGAUUAAAAUCUGUUAAUGUG